CAUACAGUACAUCAAAAAGAAGAAAGCAACAUGGCCGGAGAAGUCGUUUUGAUCGACGCUUUGCCGUACUUUGACCAGGGCUAUGACGACCCCGGCGUUCGCGAAUUGGCCCAGGCUCUAGUGGAGGAAGAAACCAGACGUUAUCGACCAACAAAAAACUACCUGAGUUACCUGCCAACUCCCGAUUAUUCAGCUUUUGAGACUGAAGUGAUGAAGUCAGAAUUUGAAAGACUGGAGAAGAGACAGCCCAUGGAGCUUCUCAGCAUGAAAAGGUAUGAACUUCCUGCUCCGCUGUCUGGACAGAGGAACGACAUCGCAGCCUGGACUGAGUGCGUGGAAAAUUCCAUGGCGCAGUUGGAACACCAGGCAACGAGAAUAGAAAAUCUGGAGCUUAUGUCCACAUUUGGGUCAAAUGCCUGGAAGGGACACAACAACCUGCUAGUGAAGAUGGUUGAAAAGGCACAGAAGGAGCUGGUAUCUUUAAGAAAGCAAAUUCAGGAGGUGAACUGGCAGAGAAAACAUGGCCAGAUGGCUGCAGGAAAUCAGCUCAGAGAGUUGGAAGCCAGCUGGGUGGGCCUGGUGAGUAAGAACUACGAGAUUGAGCGAGCUUGUCUGGAACUGGAGGCUGAGAUCACACAGCUGCGCGGACAGGACCAGAGACUGGUCAGAAGGGAAGACGACAAGGAAAACCAACCUAUGGAGUACUAAACUACUGGACACUAAAGCCACCAUAAAAUGUUCAGGACCUUCCCUCAAUUCCUUAAUUGCAUACUAACAUACUAGACAUGUAUAUAAAGCCUGAAUGGCAUUGGUAUUUACAAAUCAAGGAAAAAAAAACACAUGUACAGAAGUAUUCAAACACUGCCAGAUGAGGCAGUUCCUAUUCUCUUCUUACAGAAUAACUUCAGUUGUCUGGUUAUGCAGUUUAAUGCAUUUGUGA